CCGGAGAAGAAGACUUCGACAGUGCGCAUAAACCUUGCGCGCGGUAUACAAACAAACACGGAACGAUGCAUUUGUUAAUCUGUGUUAAUGUUAGUUACAAGGACAGUCGCUCAGUGUAUGUUCAGGUUGUUGUUGUUACGUGACGUAGCGGUGUGCGACUCGGAGCGACACGUGGGACGCUGUUCACACGCGAGAGCGACGUCUUCAGAUUUAUUCACUGGGACCCGGUUUAAAGAAAUAUCGGGUUCAUUCUCCUCAAAUCCAUCUGUGCUGAUCUUCACUUCCAAGUUUCCUGAAGGUGUUACUGGAUGUGACCUGAUGACACUGAAAGAGGAGAGUCAAGAACUCAAUGAAAAGGAAGGAAACUUUAAUUCUGACAAGACACAAAAAGGAGCUCAAAAGGUGGCAAACAGAAGUUGUGGACAGUGUGGAAAGAGUUUCAAAGAGCAUGGAAAACUCAAUUCCCACAUGAGAAUUCACACUGGAGAGAAACCUUUUGUCUGCCAACAAUGUGGAAAGAGUUUUACAGAAAAAGGACACCUUAAAAAUCACACAAGAAUUCAUUCUGGAGAGAAACCUUACAUCUGCAAACUGUGUGGAAAGAGCUUCAAUCAAAUAGCUCACCUUAAAAACCACACAAGAAUUCAUUCUGGAGAGAAACCUUACACCUGCAAACUGUGUGGAAAGAGCUUCAAUCAAAAACCCAACCUUAAAACCCACAUGAAAAUUCACAGUGGAGAGAAACCUUUCAAAUGUUCUCAAUGUCAAAGGUGUUUUACAUAUAAACAUAACCUUGAAGUCCACACAAGAAUUCACACAGGAGAGAAACCAUUCACCUGCCAAUUGUGUGGAAAGAGUUUCAUUCGAAAACCGGCCCUUAACUUCCACAUGACUGUUCACAGUGGAGAGAAACCUUUCAUAUGUUCUCAAUGUGGAAAAAGUUUUAUAUAUAAACACCACCUCAAGGAGCACAUAAGGAUUCAUUCUGGAUAAAAACAUUUCACGUUCCAACAGUGUGGAAAGAGUUUCACUAAAAGAGAAGACCUUAACAAACAAAUGAAGAUUCACACUGGAGAGAAGCCCCUUACAUGUGAUCCAUGUUUCAGAUGUAAAGUUUAACAUGUACAACCAUACCGGUUUGAUUAUUGAUGAAUGUGAUUUAACUGCUAAAUUCAGAUAUGCUUUCGUGCUAUGGCUGGUGCUGAGCCAGAGUUGGACUUCAUGCUCAGAGCUUGUUAUAUGUGUUCUUUAAUAGAGCAUCACAGUCCCGCCCACAGCUGGUGCCGGAAGUAAAAAUUCAACGCAAUUUCUGCAUUGACAUUUGGGGUAUAAGCCAUAAAAACGUAACCAUACAUGGUAGACUUAAAACCAGCU